AAAGUGAGCUAGACCACGCGUCGCGGUUGCAUUAACUGCAUUCGGAGUUCAUAGAUCGUGCAAGGUGCGUCGACCGUAUGCGAACGUUGUUGUUAAUCGAUUUUGGACGCCCGCUGAAGUGUCGAGACGCCGAGUCGCGGCCAUUUUACCUCAAAAUAGAACGAUUUUGUUUGUUUUCGUUGAGUUUUUCGGAUUAAUCUUUAGAGUACGUGGUGCAUUCAAGUGAUUACGUAUCGAAUCGAAUUCGUGCCGUUCAUAUCAUGACAGAUCAAAAAUUAUUAAUGGCUGAAGAUAAGCGUCUCACAACAUCGAGUACAUCAAAUGUGACUUGCUGCUCUAAUUCUGAUAAAAAUAAUGCAGUUUCUUCUGAAACUCAAUCAGAAAAAUCAAAAUUAGAAAAAAAUAAUGGCGUGAACGGGCUCAAUCACGUUUGUAGGACAAUUGAUUUCGGCGAUUCAUCUAGUAUCGAUGACAUGUUUGCAUCCUAUGACGAGACUCAACGACAACAACAAAGAGAAAAAUGGAAUUUCGAUUUUGCUAACGAAGUACCUUUGGAAGGAGAUUGGGAAUGGGAAAGAGUACCGGCGGAAAGUCCAAAAGCUCAAGUAGUUGUGUCUUCUUUGAAGAAAAAUAGAGAAAGUAGAAAUGUUUGAAGCGACUAAAAAAUCUAGAAUAUCUAAGAUUAAUGGUUUUUUUUUCAAUAAUUUCUUUUUAUCAAUAAAAAAUUAACUCGUCAAA